UCAAACAUGCAAAAGUUAGAUGUCCGCAAUACAAGAUGACGAUUAGAGUGAUUAUAUGCCUAUUCAUAUAUACACUAUCAGAAGCAUUUGUUUCCUCCAAUCAUACAGUAUACACUAGUCUUGGAUCGUCGGUAGAAAUGGUUUGUCCGCAUCAUUUGACAUCAUCGAGAAUAGCAUGGUUUCGACGGAAAGAAAUGUUACAAAUAUCCGAAGGAGCCAAACUCGGUGCCGGUAUAGACAAAGACCGUUUUACAAUAUCCGGAAAUCAUACCAUUGGAGACUUCAACCUACAGAUAAGUGAUGUUAAGGAAUCAGAUUUGGGUCAAUAUGUUUGCACGGUGGUGAUUGAAGAUACAUCUGUACAAAUCAUAUUUAAUCUGGUUUUGAAAAAAGCUCCAACAAACCUAAAUAUAUAUGUAGUAAAUACAGAUAGAAACAGAAGCAACACCUACUUGGAAGAAUCUACAACAGUUACUGCUAGAGAAAAUGAAACAUUACAAUUAUAUUGUAACAUAUCUAGUGGCAUACCAGAGGAAACCCUGGAAUGGGUCUACAGAGGCAACGUGAUACAGAGUGGUGGGCCGGGUUCUACACGAGUAAUGUUAAAAUCCACACAUAAAAACUGUGGGCUGUACUACUGCCGUGCAAACAGUUCCGUCUUACACACUCCGAUGACUAAAUCAAUUGAAAUUUUGGUACAUUAUAAGCCAAAAGUAACACUUAGUGUAGAUAACUUUGUUCGCAUAAUCGAAGGGAAUUCUCUCAUCGUCUAUUGCAACAUAGAUAGCAAUCCUGUCGUACAAAGCGUGUCAUGGCUAACACAAAAUAAUGGCGAAAUCAAAAACUACACAAACAGUCGAAUAUUGCAAAUAACUGUUAUUACACGAAGAGACACUGGUGUAUACAUCUGUAAAGCUACUAAUAUGAUAGGCUCAACUGUGGCAGAGACCAGUGUUAUUGUUAUGUAUGCACCAGAUGUAACCAUUAUGUAUGAAAAUUACACUGUAAACGCAAAAUCAAGGAAGCUUAUAUGCUCGCCGAAAGGUGUUCCACCAAAUUACACAUUUUUUCAGUGGCAACAUAAAUCUGAAUAUGGAGACCAUAUACGGUUCCUGUCAGGAUCUGAAGACGGUAUUCUUCAACUUCCGAAAAAUGAAAACUUCAACACACAGUACUAUGAUAAUGGAAUUUACGUCUGUACUGUUAGUAAUGGGAUACCAGGUAUUAGUGGGACCAGCAACAGGACAGCUGUUGUGUAUUUAAGUAUAUCAGGUAAACCCAUGUUUGUUGGGGACAACAGUUGGUUCUUUUAUGGAAUAAUACAUGAAUCAGUAGACAUAAUAAUCAAUAUUUUUAGUAACCCAAAGUAUUCAGAUUUAUUCAUGCAUAAUCAAAAUGGCGAACAACUUACAAGCGACGAAUCCAAUAUAAACAUUAUUGAAGAACAUACUUUUGUAAAUGAUACUUUCUAUAAUUCAAACGUGAGGGUAAAAGGUUACAGAAUGACGAUGAAAAUUGCAAAAUUGAGACCUGAGAUGAUUCAAAAUUAUACAUUGAAUUUACGAAACGAAUUCGGACAAAAUCAUCACGAGAUCUCCCUUAUAUAUGCAAGUUUUCCGAGUAUCCCAAUGAAUUUUACAUUGUCAACAAAGGAGGAUAAUGUUCUAGUACAGUGGAUAUGUAACUUCAAUGGUGGUCUAAUACAAACGUUUUUCAUCGAGUUUCGAGAAAGUAAUUCCAAGAAAUGGACAGUGGUUGAGUCACUGAACAGGACAAUUAGUGAUACGUUAUCUUGGACAAUUGAAAGACUUCAAACAAAGACUACAUAUUACUUCCGAAUGUUCGCUCAAAACAGACUAGGCCGAAGCAACUGUACGGAAGAAAAAUCCAUUAUAGUACACAAUGAAAAAGUGAAAAGCUCUUUAUCAAUCUUCUCAGUCAUACCAGUCGCCGUUUCCAUUUCUAGCAUUUUAUUCGUGAUCAUUCUUGUGGUAUCAAUUCUUGUAUAUCGGAGGCAAAUGUUCAAGCUAAGAAAUAGAAUAGCUUCACCAUUGGAACACGACGAAAGUCAGAAUUAUGUUGAAAUAGAAGCAAACGGGAUGAGAGAAGUAAGCACAAACCAAAUUGAAAACAGACAACAAAACCAAAGAGUUCAAGAACACGUUCUCAGAGGUGUUCAAGACAGUCCGCCAGUAGACAACGUUUCAUCGUCAAAUACUGAUACCGAUAGUAAGAACCACUCAUCUUUAAUAAGUGAAACAAGUGAAAAUAAUACGAGCCCGAAAGACAUUUAUAUCAAUCAAUAUGAGUCAAUUACGAUAAGAAAAUACACGUAUCAAUCAAAAGACAUGAGCCAAUAUGACAGCUUGCACCAAGUCGACCAAUAUGAAGAUAUUUAAUAGAAUAAAAAGUAAACCCUG